AUGUGGGUCAUUUCCCUCUCCACUGCCCCCUUUCAGGAGCUUAAGACGGAGGUACCUGGACAACUGGACCCCUCCAGGAUAGAGGUGGUUUCAGUAACAGAGGAAGACCUCCCCACUGUUGAGACCCCCAACACACUAAACGUCAGCCCCCUGGGUAGUUUUGCUGCUGACCCUGAAUCAGGGGGCCAUCCUGCCAAACUUGAAGAGCCCCAGCCUCCAGCUGCACCUAGCCUGACCAUGCCAAUCACCAAGGUGCAGCCGUUUAUCCACGAGGAUGACUUGGAGAAAAGCUGGAAAGACAGACUGCUGGCACACCGCUCUGAGCUGCUAAUUGCUUCAUGUCUCAUCAUGGUGGUCACUCUCGCUCUAGGCAUCGGCCUCGGAGUGGGUCUGAGCUGCGUGGGGAAGUUUCGUUGUGGCUCAUCGUCUAAAUGCAUCAGCACCUCGGCUCAGUGUGACGGAGAGGUGCACUGUGACAAUGGAGAGGAUGAGCUCGGCUGUGUGCGUCUGAGUGGGAGGAGCUCAGUCCUGCAGGUCCAGAGAGGGGGAGUAUGGAGGACAGUGUGCUCAGAGGGAUGGAACAACUGGCUGGGAGUCUCUGCCUGCAAGCAGUUGGGAUACUCCAGGUAUGAGGAGUCCUUCUUCAUUUCUCUAACCUCCAUUGAGCAGGACCUUCAGUACAACCUGGUGUCCAUCAACCUGAGCCAGUCACACAUCAUUAAGCUCCAGAACGCCACAACCCUCAGUAAGACUCGGUGCAGCUCAGGGAAGGUGGCCACUCUGAAAUGUCUGGAGUGCGGCUCCAGGCCCCAGUACAAUACUCGUAUCGUUGGUGGUAACAUCUCCAGGCCAGGUCAGUUCCCUUGGCAGGUCAGCCUCCACUUCAGCAGUGAACACCUGUGUGGAGGCUCCAUCAUAACAUCACGCUGGGUCCUCACUGCAGCACACUGUGUGUAUGGGUUCACAGACCCCUCCAUGUGGGCAGUCCACGUGGGGCUAACAGAGCAGCCAGUCCACGGGGCUCAGUCUCUGGCUGUGGAGCAGAUCAUAUACCACGCUCGGUACAGGCCCAAAGGACUGGACUAUGACAUUGCCCUGAUGAAGCUGUCCACAUCACUUGCUUUCAAUGGCUUUGUGGAGCCCAUCUGCCUGCCAAACUAUGGGGAGGAGUUUGAGGAGGGCACCAUGUGCUGGAUCUCUGGAUGGGGAGCAACUGAGGAUGAGGGAGAGACCAGUGUUGUUCUGCGCUCGGCCAUGGUACCACUCCUCUCCACUAAGACCUGCAAUCAGCCAGAAGUUUACCAGGGCUUCAUCUCCUCCUGGAUGAUCUGUGCAGGAUACCUGGAGGGAGGAACUGACUCCUGUCAGGGGGACAGUGGAGGUCCUCUGGCCUGUGAGGACUCAGCAGUAUGGAAGCUGGUUGGUGCGACCAGCUGGGGCAUUGGCUGUGCUAUGAGGAACAAGCCUGGCGUUUACACUCGCAUUACACAGUCACUUAGCUGGAUCCGCCAACAGAUGGAGAGAGAACAGGCUCUAAAUUCUCCAACUCUGAGCACAGACAACUGAGGCAGCACGUUUCUUCUCACAGGAUUCUGUUUGGAUGUUUUCACAUUUGACAAGAAAGAAAACUAUAGAGAUCCAACCAAAAUGGCUGAGCC